CUCCGUGACCAGCCUGCAGGGGCCGGCAGACGAGAACCCUUCCACCACCUCCGUGUCCCACUCCGCCGAGGUCCUUAAGGAAGAGGUCGUCGCCUCCUCAGGACUGUCAAUCAAGGACGGCUCGGCAAAGGGCCGGCGACUCGGCCGCGAACCGGCCGCCAUCUUCCCCAGCCUGCGCCUGCUUCAAACACCCGCGAGAUCCCGCCCCAAGCGGACCUCCUGCGUCCUCAUUGGGCGACGCGAGCCGCGGGCGCCACCGCACACCCGGCCGGGCCUCUCGACGUCAGCGUAGCAGUAAACGCGUGCAACAGCGUGCGUCUGCCCCAAAUCAACCUUUCUAUUGGUCAGCGGCAUAAGCCCCGCCUUUUAAGUCAUUUCCAACCAAUGGAGAUGCAGCAUUCUUCAUUUUUAAACUGAGUAUGAAUUUCUGAUACAGCAACGCUUAGGGUGGCGCCAAUUUUGAGCUGUACCAGAGCUUGGCUCGCAGAUCUCCAUGUCGCCAGGAUUGCAGGACGCGAUGACAGUCCCUUCCGAGGAAGAGCUGGAGUCCUUCAAGUACAGUGACCUGCAGAAUUUAGCCAAGAGUCUGGGGCUCCGGGCUAAUCUAAGGGCAGACAAGUUAUUAAAAGCCUUGAAAGCCCACCUGAAGCCAGAAGCAAAUAAAAACAGUAAUCUGGAUGAAAAUCAAACUUGUGCGUUCUCCUGUGAGGUGACUGAGAUGCAGGUUAGCAGUCAGGAGCAAGCUGAAAGAGAACCGGUUGGCCAGGUCGUCAAAGCAAGGAGGAGUCGCAAGACAGUCCAUAGGAACCCUAAGACCCAGCCAAAUGGAAGUGUUCAAGCUGAAGAAAAGACUCAAGAAAAGCAGAAGGAAGUUCCUUCUCUGUCAGACCAGAGCCAAGAAGAUGAGAAGGCAUUUUCCUCAGGAAAAAGUGAAAUAAAUGGCAAUGAAGAUUCAAAAGCAUCUUCAGAAAAAAGGUCUCUGUCCAUGGAUGGGUUUUCCAGUUUUGGGAACAAUAAAAAAGCUGCAGCUACAGCCACUACUCCAAACUUUAAGAGGCUUCAUGAGGCUCACUUUAAGAAAAUGGAAUCCAUUGAUGAAUAUGUUAUGAGAAAAAAGAAACAUCUUAAAGAACACAACUCACUUACUGAAUUAAAGAAGCCUCCAGGCAAAAAAGAAGGGGCAGUGACUCCAGUUCCUCCAAGAAGAAGACCCUCUGUGGCUUGCACUCCUGUCAGCCAGUGCCGCUCACACCGCCAGCCCCAUGGCCCUGCGAGUCCACGCACCGUGUGUGGAAGAGGGUCAGUCAGGCACUCUGCACUCUCAGCAACGAGAAUGAAUGUCAGGUUUUCAGCUGCUACUAAAGAUAAUGAGCAUAAGCGUUCCCUGACCAAGACUCCAGCCAGAAAGUCUCCACAUGUGAUCAUAUCUGGGAGUGCCUCAAAAGGCCAGGCUGUGCUCAGGACGCCCAAGUUAAGGACCAAGGAGAAUUCUUCUGUUAUUACACCAUUUAAAUUGACAACAGUAGCAACACAGACUCCAGGCUCCAAUAAGAAACCAGUAUUUGAUCUCAAAGCAAGUUUGUCUCGUCCCCUCAACUAUGAGCCACACAAAGGAAAGCUGAAACCAUGGGGGCAGUCUAAAGAAAGUAAUUCUCUGAAUGAACAUGGAAGCAGAGUUAACUUCCACAAGAAAACUUACAAGCAACCAUCUCUCCAGUCUAGGGAAGAACAACGGAAGAAACAUGAACAAGAACGGAAGGAGAAGAAAGAAAAGAUUUUGCAAGCUCGAAGGGGCCUCAUUAUGCCUCAUGUCCAAUAAUGUUUUUAACAUCCUGUCUGUUCCUUUAUUCCAAGCUUGUUUCCUUUUGUAAAUAUUUUUAUACUGUCUUUCCCCACUUUCCUCAAAAGCUCUUUUUCUACCAUAACUUGUUCAUUAAUCUGUGUGGUGUCUGUGGGUUCUUUUAUAUGUUAUGCCCCUAUUACCUUAAAGUUCAUAAAUUCUCUGGAAUGGUUUUCACCUUGCCUGCCCCAUACAACUUAGUUUUCUAGUAAGACCCAUCCUCGGGACUUUCCAUGUCAAGAUUCUUGUGCUGUUCUAAUAACCACAGGACUACAGGUUCCUUCUGACCAGAACAUCUCCCUGAUGGCAGCUAGUCACACCACAGGCUUACUGCAAGAAUAAAAAUAAGAGGGAGGAAAGGUUUGUUGUAUAGUCUAGAAUAUCACGUAAUCUUACUGAAUUGGGCCAAUGAUUUGGUUAUAGGUGAAAACUGUUUUCAGUUUUUAAGAACUUUGUUUAAGCCAUGUGUGGUUGUUCACACUUUUAAUCCCAGUACUCAGUAGGAAGAUAGAUGUAAGUUCAAGGGCAGGCUUGGUUACAGAGCUAAGUCUCAGAUCAGCCUGGGCUAGAGACUCAAAAAAAAAAAGAAAGAAAGAAAAAAUGUUUAGAUCAUUUCAUGUAAUUACCACCUGUCAUUCACUAUUUUUUUUUUUUGAUGUUUUUUUUGUUUUGGUUUGUUUUUCAAUUUUCAAGGUAGAGUCUCUGUCUAGCCCAGGCUAACCUCCUGGAAUCACUGUGUAGGAUCAGAGUGGCCUCCCACUCAUGGAGAUCCUACCUCUGCCUCUUGAGUACUGGAAUUAAAAGCAUGCACCACCAUGCUUGGCUUACUCACUAUAUUCUUAAAAAUAAAAUUCUACAGCUCUUUAUACAUUUUAUUUAAAAAUAAUAAUAAGAGCUACAGAGCCCUAUCACAGGGAGGACUAGGGAUGUACCUUGGUUGUAGAGCACAUAUACCACACCCUGGAUUUUAUCACUAGAACUGCCCAAAAAAAAAUUUUUUUUUUUUUUUUGGAGAAUUAAUGCUGUAAGGAUUACUAUGUUGUGAAACUUAACAAAUCUUACUAAUUUCAUGGAAAGGACUAGAGUUGCAAAGCGUAUCCAUGUUUGUUGCUCUGCCAUCUACAUUCUGUAUUAUGUGCUGCUUAAGAUUUUCAUGAAUAAAAUUGUUCCUCACUG